AUGGGUGGAGAUGAUCAAUGGGCAAGCAUUCAUCAAGAUAUAUUGAACCAACUUACAAAGCGGUUCCAUUCAUACGAUGAAUACCUUCACCUUCGAUUGGUUUGCAAGCAAUGGAACUUCAAUCUUUCACUUAUCCCCAGUGGUAACAAAGUUUUAUGGCUGUUAUUACCUAUUCCUACUGUUGCUGCUGAAAGAUCUUCCAAAAAAGCUAAGAUACAUGUAGGCACCAUCUCAAAAUUAACUCAGAGACGAACCCGUAUUCUUGAAGAGAAGGAGAUUUACCAUCUCACAAUGCCAGAGCUGCAAAACAACCUUGUUCGUGGAUCUUGUCAUGGAUGGAUAAUAAUGGUGUUAAUAUAUGAAGGUACCAUACGAAUGUUAAAUCCAUUUACAAAGGUUUGCUUUGAUCUUCUUCCAAUUUCAACUCUUCCCAAUGUAAUUGAUAUACAUGGUGACAAAUGUAUUAUUGAUCUUGAGUCCACGUAUGGCACUUUAGAGAUGGACACGAUUUCAAUGCAUAAAAUCAAUGUUUAUAAGGUUAUUACGAAUUCAGCACCUAACAAUGAUCGUUACAAUGAUUUUAUGGCCGUGGUCAUAUAUGGGGGAUAUCGAAAAUUGGCUUUUUACAAGGCCAAUGAUACGAGAUGGAUCAAGUUUCCAACAAGUCAUAAGAUGAUUGUGGAUGUCAUAUUUUUUCAAGAGAAGGUAUAUGCAGUGGACUUUGACCACCAAUUAUAUGAAUUUCAUAUCAAGAAAAAAUUAGAGCCAGUGAGAAGAAUUUACGAAGGCACACCUCUUUAUCAGCAUGACACCAAUAUUAUGCAAUAUAGCUAUUUGAUUGGUUGUGAUGAUGGAAGUUUAUUGAUGGUCGUAAGACAUAUUCGUUUAACGAAGCACACAGAAUGGUGGCGGUAUUACAAGACUAUCAAAUUCGAUAUUUAUAAAUUGAAUAAAAAUGCAAAAGUAUGGUCAAGAAUAUAUGAUUUAGGGAAUUACGUAUUAGUAGUUGGACUCAAUUCUUCAAUUCAGAUAUUGGCAAGCAAUUGCAAGGGAAAUAAGAUCUAUUUUACUGAUAGUAUGGUUGGAUUACACCCAGAUGAUGAUAUUUGGCGUCAUGAUAUUGGCAUAUUCAAUUUGAAAGAUAAUAGCUGUAGAAGAGUAUUAUCAGAUGUUAAUUUUUUUUGUCCUCCUGUUUGGAUAUUAUCCUAA